UGCGACACGGCAGCUGUAGUUCGGUGCGUUGGAUUUAACGUUAGGAUUUAGCGGUAACUCCGGUUAAAAUUCGCCGUUUUGUCAUUGUAUCUGCCUCCGACACGAGUUAAGUCAAUGGUUUUUGAUUGGGCCUGAAGAAAUGCGAAGAACAGAAUUCAGAAACGCUUUGCAAACAAGCUAAAUCAACGGUUUGAGCUGAAGCGAUUUCAAGCUUGUCUCCUAGUAGGUUACAGUCCCUGUGGACUCAGCAACAUCAUGGUGGAUAUUGCUGUGAAGAGUGGAGCUGCUUGGGUCUGUCAUGCAGAGGGACAUCACCUGGCAGAUGUCCUGCUUCCUGUUCACAUCAAUGAUGAAGACGAUCAUGAAGAUGAGUUGGGUCAGUCAGAGAGAAACGGGACAAACAGGGGCAGUCCUGUGCUGUUGGAGCAGACCGAGGAGGGGUCUCCCUGUGUCCUGACUGUCCACUGUAGCCCCACCUCCCCUGCUGCCAUCAGCCGCCUGCUGGUCAUCAGCGAGGCUCGAACCAUGGAGCUGUAUGACCAGAUGGGAGAAUACUGUGGGACGGUACGGGGGGAGAGGGAUGACAGCAUCCAGCCAGACAGUGAGGACAGAGGGCCUUUCUACAGGAAACGGCUGGUCCUGGAACACCCAUCAUCUGCCUGUGAAGUGAAGCUGCUCUCCCUGGCUGGUAGAAGUAGUGUCCUGGUGUCUCAAGUCAUCGUGGGUCUUAAACCGCUGCAGCCCUGCCCAGUCCGUGGCCCUGGCAUUGACAUGCAGCAGGUGCAAUGUCUGGUUGAAGAGAUGGGAACGAGCCUCUCACCAGGAGCCCAGAACCUCAUGGACAUGGUCCACUUCCAGCAAAAGAACCAGACCAGCUCCCUGGGCGGUUUCCUGCCUCUCCUGAUGGGAGGUGGAGCUUUGUCUUUCCUGGCUCAAGGAGCGAACAUCUCCCCAGCAGCCGUUGACAACCAAACCCCAUCUGCAGAAUCUGCGCCUCCAGUGGGCUUCACCAGCCCUGCAGACGAACCUCCACCGGCUCAGAAUGGAUCGAUGUCAAACGGCUCUACCUCCUCGUCUCCGGACCGUCUACUGUCUGGUGUCAACAUUAAGAACACAGUGAGCAGUGACAGCAUUGGCCAUGCCCAGCUGGCAGAGAUGAUGUCACACUUCCUGAAGGGUCAAGGACACGGACAGGCGUUAAGCCCCGGCCCUGAACUUCUGCCCAUGCUCCAGAGCGUCUGCGGUCAGGUGACGCAGCUGAGGCUGGAUGAUGCUGCAGCAGCGGCAGAGAAGGAGAAGACGAUGAGAAAUGGCACAUGGGAGUUGGACUCAGCAAUGGAGCAGCGCCUAGAGGAGAUGGAGAGGAGGCUGAAGGAGCACGUGGACCGUCGCUUAGACGCUCUGGAGCAGAAGCUGGAGAAGGCCCUGCUGAGCGCCUUGCCGAUGGUCGCACUGAACCAGGGCGGUAUCAGCAGUUCGGCGGGAGGACCGGCAUCCACCGGCCCUGCGGAGCUCACUGCCCCAACGCCAGCCAUGCACUGAGUUCAGAACAGUUAAAAGACUAACUCAACAUGUAACCUGGAGGCCUUACUGCCCCUGGUCCUCCUCAAACCAGACCUUAGUGUCAAAGGGGAGGCAGAGCAGCACGCAGUCACUAACAGAGACACAGCAACAGAUAAAAGGCUGAAAUGGGAAAUUCACAAAAAAUUAACACAGUAAUUGCAAUAAUCUGCAUAAUGGAAAAUCGUGUUCAACCAGAAGUGUCUCAGUUGAUGGAAAAUCCCAUCACCGACACUGAGUUCUCCAACUGUUAAA